UGCGUCGUUUAUAAGGGGAGCUGUGACAAUCUUCUUGCCAGCCCUCUUCCUCCCACUCGGCUCCUCUUACGGAGUCCUCAUUCCACCCCCCUUGUUUCCGCAUUCAUCCUGAGUGGCUGGUGGGAACGUGAAAAGGGAGAGGAAAAGGCGCAAGAAGCCAGAGAGAGGGGUGUGGGAAAAGCGAAAACAGGCUGCCAAAUCAGGGGAUUCCUUCCAAUUUAAAAAGGAAGUCUGCUGACGUUAGUUAGUUAAAUUUAACAUCUUUUUAUGUGUAACACUUGACUUAGGAAGCAAAAAUGAACUUUGCGGAGAGAGAGGGCUCUAAGAGAUACUGCAUUCAAACGAAACAUGUGGCCAUUCUCUGUGCGGUGGUGGUGGGUGUAGGAUUAAUAGUGGGACUUGCCGUGGGCUUGACCAGAUCGUGUGACUCCAGCGGGGACGGCGGGCCGGGCACUGCGCCAGCUCCUUCCCACCUGCCUUCUUCCACGGCCAGCCCCUCAGGUCCUCCUGCCCCGGACCAGGACAUCUGCCCGGGCAGUGAGGAUGAGAGCGGACAGUGGAAAAACUUUCGACUGCCGGACUUCGUCAACCCAGUCCACUACGACCUGCACGUGAAGCCCCUGUUGGAGGAGGACACCUACACGGGCACCGUGAGCAUCUCCAUCAACCUGAGCGCUCCCACCCGGUACCUGUGGCUGCACCUCCGGGAGACCAGGAUCACCCGGCUCCCGGAGCUGAAGAGGCCCUCUGGGGACCAGGUGCAAGUCCGGAGGUGUUUCGAGUACAAAAAGCAGGAGUACGUGGUGGUCGAGGCGGAGGAAGAGCUUACCCCCAGCAGUGGAGAUGGCCUGUAUCUCCUGACCAUGGAGUUCGCCGGCUGGCUGAACGGCUCCCUCGUGGGAUUUUAUAGAACCACCUACACGGAGAACGGACAAGUCAAGAGCAUAGCGGCCACCGAUCAUGAACCGACAGAUGCCAGGAAAUCUUUUCCUUGUUUUGAUGAGCCCAACAAAAAGGCAACUUAUACAAUAUCUAUCACCCAUCCCAAAGAAUAUGGAGCACUUUCAAAUAUGCCAGUGGCGAAAGAAGAGUCAGUGGAUGAUAAAUGGACUCAAACAACUUUUGAGAAGUCUGUCCCCAUGAGCACAUACCUGGUGUGCUUUGCUGUACAUCAAUUUGACUCUGUAAAGAGAAUAUCAAAUAGUGGAAAACCUCUUACAAUUUAUGUCCAGCCAGAGCAAAAGCACACAGCCGAAUAUGCUGCAAACAUAACUAAAAGUGUGUUUGAUUAUUUUGAAGAAUACUUUGCUAUGAAUUAUUCUCUUCCUAAAUUAGAUAAAAUCGCUAUUCCAGAUUUUGGCACUGGUGCCAUGGAGAACUGGGGACUCAUCACGUACAGAGAAACGAACCUGCUUUAUGACCCUAAGGAAUCAGCCUCAUCAAACCAACAGAGGGUGGCCACUGUGGUUGCCCAUGAACUUGUGCAUCAGUGGUUUGGAAAUAUUGUGACCAUGGACUGGUGGGAAGACUUGUGGCUAAAUGAAGGAUUUGCUUCUUUCUUUGAGUUUCUGGGAGUAAACCAUGCAGAAACAGACUGGCAAAUGCGUGACCAAAUGUUACUUGAAGAUGUAUUACCUGUUCAAGAGGAUGAUUCUUUGAUGUCUUCGCAUCCAAUUAUUGUGACUGUGACAACCCCUGAUGAAAUAACAUCUGUUUUUGAUGGAAUAUCCUAUAGCAAGGGAUCUUCCAUUUUGAGAAUGCUUGAAGACUGGAUAAAACCAGAGAAUUUUCAAAAAGGAUGUCAGAUGUACUUGGAAAAAUACCAAUUCAAGAAUGCAAAAACUUCUGAUUUUUGGGCAGCACUGGAAGAGGCAAGUAGGCUACCAGUGAAAGAAGUAAUGGACACCUGGACCAGACAGAUGGGUUAUCCUGUGCUUAACGUGAACGGUGUCAAGAACAUCACACAGAAACGCUUUUUGUUGGACCCAAGAGCUAACCCUUCUCAGCCCCCUUCAGAUCUUGGUUAUACAUGGAAUAUCCCAGUUAAAUGGACUGAAGAUAAUAUAACAAGCAGUGUGUUAUUUAAUAGGUCAGAAAAAGAAGGAAUCACUUUGAACUCCUCUAAUCCUAGUGGAAAUGCUUUUCUCAAAAUAAACCCAGAUCAUAUUGGGUUUUAUCGUGUAAAUUAUGAAGUAGCAACUUGGGACUCGAUAGCUACAGCGCUCUCCUUGAACCACAAGACGUUUUCUUCAGCAGAUCGUGCAAGUCUUAUUGAUGAUGCUUUUGCCUUGGCAAGAGCUCAACUUCUAGAUUAUAAGGUGGCUUUGAACUUGACCAAGUAUCUCAAAAGGGAAGAGAAUUUUUUACCAUGGCAGAGAGCAAUUUCAGCUGUAACAUACAUCAUUAGCAUGUUUGAAGAUGAUAAAGAGCUAUAUCCUAUGAUUGAGGAAUACUUCCAAGGUCAAGUGAAGCCUAUUGCAGAUUCUCUGGGAUGGAAUGAUGCUGGAGACCAUGUCACAAAGUUACUCCGUUCCUCCGUGUUAGGGUUUGCGUGCAAGAUGGGAGACAGAGAAGCCUUGAACAAUGCUUCCUCGUUAUUUGAGCAGUGGCUAAAUGGGACUGUAAGCCUUCCCGUAAAUCUCAGGCUUCUGGUGUAUCGGUAUGGGAUGCAGAACUCUGGCAAUGAGAUUUCAUGGAACUACACUCUUGAGCAAUACCAGAAAACUUCAUUAGCUCAAGAAAAAGAAAAACUGCUGUAUGGAUUAGCAUCAGUGAAGAACGUUACUCUUUUGUCAAGGUAUUUGGAUUUGCUCAAGGACACGAACCUUAUUAAAACUCAGGAUGUGUUUACAGUCAUUCGAUAUAUCUCAUAUAACAGCUAUGGGAAGAACAUGGCCUGGAAUUGGAUACAACUCAACUGGGACUAUCUAGUCAACAGAUAUACACUCAAUAACAGAAACCUUGGCCGAAUUGUCACAAUAGCAGAGCCGUUCAACACUGAACUGCAACUGUGGCAGAUGGAGAGCUUUUUUGCAAAAUAUCCACAAGCUGGAGCAGGAGAAAAACCUAGGGAACAAGUGCUGGAAACAGUGAAAAACAAUAUCGAGUGGCUAAAACAACAUAGAAACACCAUCAGAGAAUGGUUUUUUAAUUUACUUGAGAGUGGUUAAUGUAUUCAAAUGUUAGAGUUUAAUUUUGUGAAUCUAUUGUUUCUCCUCUGAAGCAUUUGGUGGCCUAAUUUACAAGCACGAUGGAGAGAGCCUUAUAAACAGAUAAUGCUUUUACUAAGCACUGUGUUUAUAUGUCUUGCAAAGCCUUUAAAUUGUUCCUCUUUGUUUAUGAAGAAAGAUACUAAUAGAGUACUUAAUAUACUCAGGGAUUUCUUCUAAGUGUACUUCAUAAGAGAUUCUUUACAAACUGAAGAUAAUGAAAUAGUUAUUUUAAUACCUUUAAAUAUCAUGCUUUGUAUCUUAAAUCUGUGAAGUAGAACAAUUUGGUCUUAGCUUUACAUUUUCAGUACCAAAGAAACACCACUUAAUCUUCUCUCUUGAUUGAUUUUUAAAGUUUAAAUACCAGUACUUGAGGGACCAAUAUUACCAUCUUAAUCUUUAUUUUAUUAUUCAGAAUUAUACAGACCUAAUAUCAUUUUAUUCACAUAUGUCUUACUACUUUAAAUCCUACCAAAGUAACCUGGGCUUAAGUUUUACUUGAGGAUCAUAUGAAUUAGCCAAAAGAAUGGCUGACUGUUGCCUUUGCUCUUAUAAAAUCAAUAAGAGAACUCUCCUCUUUUUUUAAAAAUAAAUCUAAAUGAUUAUCUUGAAAAAGUAUUGUUUUCCAGUGUCACUUGACUCUUGAAUAAAAAUAACUGCAGUGUUCCCCAAAUAAUUUAACACAUUGCAAAUAUGAUUCAAGAAUCUGGCCUUUUUCAUGCUUGGUACUCUCUUCUCUUGCUCCAUUCCUUACAAAGCUCCUUCAAAUAUGCUAUGAAAUUAGAGGGAACAUAGUGCUUAACUCUGCUCCAUGGAUUUUAGAGGAAAAAAGCUAAAUAAUUGGAAACUGUUCAGGAAAGAGAGAAGGCAGAUUAUUUCUUAAAACUAAAUGGAAUUAGAAUUUAGCUUUGACUUCACCUCGCAAUCUAAGUGUGAAAAUGGGGAGACCUGUGGGCAUCCCCAGCAUGACUCUGCAUAUCUGAGCAUAUAUCUCCUUAUAGAUCAAUUUUAUGUAUAAACCCUUAGAUCCUAAUCCAUACAGAAUAGCACUGAUCAAAUUUAAAUGCAUGACUUGAUUAAAGACAUCAAUUUCAUAGAAGCUGGUGGCAAGAAUAUGUUUAAUAUGGCACUUGAUACCUCCUAGAUCCAUAAUGUAAGUCCAAUAGGCAGAAAAGAUGGUAAGUUACGAUGUUUCAAUCUGCUAUAUCUAGAAAAUCUAAAUUUAUUUGGAACUUUCAAAAAUGUAAGGUAAUUUAGAAUCGGCUUGAUGAGAGUUGAAGCAUAUGGAAACAAAACCUUAGCUUUAACUUUAUUUAUACAAUAAUGUGCCCUAAUCAUGUACUCUGAAACUUUAUAAACUUUCCUGUUGCUGUUUCUUAAUUAUCACCUCUCAAUCCGUACAGCCAAACUACUAAAUUCAAAUGUAGACUGGGUUGUGGGUGGCAGAUAUAGAAGAAGAAAUUUCCAGACCAAAAAAUAUUAAAUAUUAUUUUAAAUUAUUUCAGAAGCAAAAACAUAUUAACAUCAUAACUUAUCAGAAAAACCCCACUAUCCUCAUAAGAUUAACUUAAAAUUCUGACCACAAUCAGAACCAGCACCUGAAGUCUCUGUAUUGUUUCAAGUAGGACAUAUUAUGAGGUGAGAUGGUUUAUGCUUCUGUUUUAUGAAAUUAAUACAUUUUAAAAGAAAAAUGUUAGUUUAAGGGGGUGGUAAAUAAAACAGAUUUCAACUUGCCUACAAGACAUUCUA